AUGGAAGACCAAGAUAACAUGAACGAUUCAUACUAUAAAAAUAAGGAAUAUGAACAAGAAAAUGAAAACUUCAAUAUUAAUAAUGAGGAUGAGAAAAAAGAAGAAAAUUCGUUUCAUCAGGUCACCAAUGUAUAUCAUAGCAAUGUGUAUAUAAAUAAGAAUACAAAAGAAGAUAAUAUUAUAAGAAAAUAUUUAAGUGAGCAGAUGACAAAGGUCAACAUAAUAAAUAACAACCACAAUAUAGAUGAUAAUAAUAAUAAUAAUAAUAAUAAUAAUGAACUUUAUAUUAAUCAAGUUACAAAUAUUGAUGAUAGUGAUGAUGAUGUUCCUUUAUUAAAAACAUAUGGAAUUAAUCAUACUAUCAACACAAAAUAUGAAAAAAAUGACAAUCCUUUUAAUAAUAAUAAUGAGGAAGAGGAGGAGAAGGAGAAGGAGAAGGAGAAGGAACACCAGCCGCAUCAAGGCAACCAAAUAAAUAAUGAUAAUAAUUCGAAUCAAGAGAAGCAUGGUAUAUUUUUAUCCAAACAAGAAUCUUCUAAACUUCAUACAAAAUAUGCUAAUCAAGAUAAUCAAAAAGAAACGUCUUCAUCAGAUACAAGCAGCGAUGAUGAUGUAUGUCUAUUAAAUUUAAUAAAAAAUGAUAAGAAUUAUAAUAUUAAUAAUUUUAAUAACCAAAAUUAUUAUGAAAAGAAAAAUAAUUUUAAAGAUGAUGAUAAUAAUAAUUCUUCAGACUACUCUAGCUAUGAUUCAGAUGAACCAAUACUCAUAAGAAGUAAUUUAAAAAAUAAAAUAAAUAUUCAAACAAAUAAAUUAGGCAAUACUAGUCAUUAUAGUAAUACUUGUAUGAAUAACAAUAAUAGGUAUCAAACUAAUAAAACGAAAUUAAUUAAUAAGAAAACAACACUUAAAAGUAGUGAGAACAAAAAAGAUAACAAAUUCAAAAAUAUAAAUGCAAAAACUAGUUUAUCCAAAAUUAGCUGUAGAAAAACAAGCAAAAAUUCAAAUGACAUAUCAAAAAGAAAAAAAAAAACAAUAACCAAAACAAAAAAAAAAACAAAAAAACAAAAAAAAAAACAAAAAAAAACAAAAACGAAAAUAAAAAAUAAAAAUAAAACAAAUAAACAUAAAGAUAAUAAAGGAAAUAACCAUUUUAAUGAUAACGAAAAUGAUUCUAUUUGUAUAGGUACCUUUGAUCCAAGAAAUAGAUCGAAUAAAGAAAAAUUAGUAGCUCAAUUAUUAAUACGCUGGUGGUAUGUUCUUCCCGAUUGGCCACCACCAGAUUAUGAUUAUAAAGAUGAAUUAUAUAAUCGAAAAUUAAAAUUGGUCCCAUUAGAAGAAUAUGAAGAUAAAGAAGAUAUAGAUAGUCAAGGAUUUAGGAAGGUUUAUCAAAUAUCGGCUUUCCCAGGUAUUUUUAGAGAUGCCAUGGGUAUAGCAUACGACCUAAGAGAUAAAGACUCAUGUCCAUGUUAUAAUAAUUUAAUAAAAAAAACAGAUCAAGAAUUAUUACAAUUAAUAUAUCAAGCUAUUAAAAAUCAAAUACAAUGUUUGAAAAAUUCAGUCUACAAUGAAACAUUUAUGGAAAAAAAUUUGGAAAAAGAAUUAAAAGAAGUCGAAUUAAAAUUAAAUAAAAUCACGAAAAAAAACAUAAUAAAAAUAUAA